CCUACAAAUAUUUAAGUGUUUUUAGAAUUGCAUUAAUAUACAUUGAAUAUAUCUAAGUUCAUUAGUAAAAUUAAAAGAUACAAAAAUAUGGCUAAAAUUCUCAAAUUUGUUUAUGCUAUAAUUUUGUUUUUGUCCCUAUUCUUUUUCUCAGUGAAGGCUAUCGUUCCAUGUGAAACUGAUGAAGAUUGUUUAAAGGCGUAUACUAACGAGAAUAUGUUUGGUAGCCUUCUCGUAUGUCGUAAUAAAGAAUGUUUUUUUCUUGUGUUUCAUGAAUAAUAUAUCUUACGGUAGAAUAUUUCAUAAGUUGCCAUUUAAGAUUUAGGUUAAAUGUGUUUUUAUUUUUAUAAAUAUUUUUAAUUUCUAUUAAAAAAAGAUAUAUUUUGAUUCAUACAAAAUUUUUAUGCAUGUAAUUUUAAUCUCUACUAUUUUUAAAAAUUUUGAAAUUUUUUUAAUUAUUCUUUAAAUUUUAAAUUUUUGAAUAAAUGUUUUUAUACAUGUUUAGAAUUUCUAAAAUUUCUAAGUCGAAAUUUUCAUUACUUUUAUAAUUAUCUUUUAAAAUUUUAAAAAUUUAUAUUUAAUUUUUCUCAUUUUAAAAAAUUCUAAAAUUUGGUAAAUAAAUAUUUUACAGUACUUUUAAUAUGUGUGAAAAAAUUGUUCAAAUAUUUAAAAAUUAAGAGAUAAUUAAACAAUUUUUAAAAUUUUAGAAAAUAGGAAGAACUAAAACUGUAUGCAUAAAAAUAUUAUAGGGGCUAUAAUAUGACAUUUUUUUAAUAGGAAUUAAAAAUAAAAUUUAAAAUAUUUAUAAGGACUAAAAAUAUAUUUAAUCUAUAGAUAAAUCAUCUGUGUGUUGCAAGGGUUUGAUAAAAACAUGUAAUUCAAUUAUUUCAAAAAUAAUAAAUUUACUGAUUAAAUAUGUUAUGAAAUAUAAGAAUAUGAAAAUUUUAAAUUUUAUUUUAUUUAAUGUAAUAUUAUUUUUAAAAAACAAGUGUGGACGGUCGCGCCAAACCCACAUAGAUCCUCAACUAUGGCAUCUCUGAAAUUUAUGUCAAUUUCCAGAUUUUGUAUUUUACUUUGUAUGUUGUACUAAAUUGAACUUUAAUUGUUCCUUGCAAUACAAUAGCCUUAACAUUGUGGAGUUUUGUCUUAUAGUGCAAUGACACGACUACAAAUUAUGUUUUUGUGACGAAGUUUACAUCUCAAACAAUAAACGAACGAGGGUAUAGGUCCUAGAAGCGUCAUAUUUUAUUUUUAUUUAUUUAAAACAAAACAACUUUUUUUCUCGACACACAGUUGUUGUAUUUUAUUUUUUUUCAAUUGUUUAGUUAGUAUUUCUCACUUGAUGUCUUUCUGAAUUCCAUUUAUAUUUUUGUUAAUUUUUUUUAUUAGUAUUACCUCGGCUACAUGGUCCAACUGAGAGGUAAUAUAUUUUGCAUUAACAAAUUCAAAAUUUUAUUUUCAACAUCUUAUUUUAAUUUUUUAUUCGAUAUAUUCAAACCCCUCAGUUUUUGUCCAAAACCGACGUGAUAUAUCUUUUAAGUUGUUUUUUUUUUUUUGACAAAAUAUAUCUUUUAAGUGAAUUCCCAGAAUAUGGUGAUAUUGUGUUUUUUAUAUUUUGUAUAUUUAAUUUAUACUGUCACGUCAAAUUUUAAGUAAAACCCACUUGACACUUAUUUUGCAUGAAAUACUUUAGACUACAAUAUAGUUUCUAAUUUUCAUUUACCUAUCAACACACAAACGUCAUUUCUUCACUCUCACUUCGCCAAAAACCCUAGGCAAUUAUCAAGCUGAAUUUCAUCAAAAAUCUUCCAAGAGAUAUUCACCCAACGUCAUUUCGUCAACAGAUAUUUGUGAAUACAAGAUUACACUCAAAGAUGUUUUUGAUUCAUGGCAAACUCAAAUAAGCAUUCAAACAACAAGACGGAAGCAGAAAACUCAAAGAAAAGCAAGCAUUGAUCACUCAUAGGUCAACCCAUUAUGUUUAUAUGUUUAUAGGUUGACUCAACACAAGCAAAACAAGAAGAAUGCAGAAAAACAGCAGUUAGGUCGACCUACCAUCAACCCAGGUCGACCUAAAAUGGAGAAAAAUUCAUAUACUCCUGCUAGGUCGACCCACACAUCAUUUAGGUCGACCUAAAUUGAUGAAUUUUACAUACCAGCCUGUUAGGUCGACCUACACAUCAACUAGGUCGACCUAAUCUGAGAAAAUGUUCCCAGAACGCAUCAGAAGAGGAUUCUGGUCGACCUACUCCUUCAACAGGUCGACCUAACUGGGAGCAAACUUCAGCAAGCACUGCUAGGUCGACCUAACCCCUACAAGAGGUCGACCCAACUGAUCAAGAAAGUUCAAAAAUCAGUUUUUCUUGGUUCCAACUGUUAUGCAAUCAUAUAUAUUGUGCAAGGGUAAUUAUUCAAUGCAACACCAACGACUGAAAGAUACACAAACGCUUCUCAUCUUCGUUCUUCAUCAUCUCCAACACAAUUACACAUAAUCAUUCUUGCGUUGCGGGUUAGUGAUGAGUUCGAUAACGUCCAUAGAACGGAAUUGAAGAUUCCUAGUGGGUGAAGGUUUGUGGGGUUUGUUGGUGAAUAAAAUCUGCGGGUUUUGUCCUCCACGACGGGUGGUUCUUGGGGGUUUUUAUCAAGAGGCGUUCAUUGAGGAUUCGGCUGAGUGUAACGAUUGAGGAACGGGGAGUUCAAGGAAUCAAGACACUGCAGAAGGGAAUCAAAGUGAAGCUCUUGGAUAACCUUGAUCUUGCUCAAGAUUAAGGGGGAAGAAGAUUCAAAGGAUCGACAUAAGUGGUUUAUCGUUUAUCGCUUUGUUAUCUUCUUUGUAUAUACUACUUUCAACAUUAAUGAAAGAUUACCCAAUUUCAAUUUGGAAUUGGGGGCAGACGUAGUCGUAGCGAGGACGAUCGAUGAACUGCCUAAACAAAUAUCGUGUUCUUGUCGCUUUUACUUUUUCAUUUACAUUCUGUUCAUAUUUGGUUAUAAUAGCAAAUUGAUCAACGAUUCGAGUGUUAAGAUUGUGAAUUAAGUUCGUUCAUAAACAUCACAAUCCAUCACACAUUGAAUUACCUUCAAUUUGAUCAUUAUCACCAAGUGUUUGUAUAUUUGUUUCUAUCACUCUUACUGCAUUGCAAACAUUGUCCAUCAUACAAAAAGUUAAUCUGAUUUUCAUAAGAGAAACGUCUUGAUUCUGCAACAUAUACUCUCAUCAUUUACUUCAAGUCUUUGACUGGUUUUUUAAACACAUAUAUAAUCGUUUCGAUAGUGGUUCGGAAUAGACGCGAGUCGAUUCAGAAUUACUUCCGCUGAAAAGUCGUUUUAAAUCCGUAAAACUGUGAACGAUCUAUUCACCCCCCCUCUAGAUCCUAAGGCCAGCGUCUAACAAGUGGCAUCAAGAGCUCUGGUUUAUUUCGUGCUACGUGAAACACUUAUUGGAAAGAUGGCUUCCGGACCUAAAGGGGCUCACAAUAGAGCUCCAGUUUUCAACGGUGAAAACUAUGGCUAUUGGAAGGAUUGUAUGUGUGUCCACAUCAAUGCAAUUGAUAGGAACAUCUGGACAGCUAUUGUCAAUGGUCCCUUUCAGAUCACCAUGACAAAUGCAGCUGGUGCAGUUGUUCCAAAACCAGAAAAUACUUGGGAUGCUGAAGAUGAAAAGAGAUAUGCAUACGAUUGGAAAGCGAGAAACAUUCUAAUCUCAGCUCUAGGAGUGGAUGAAUACUAUCGCGUUUCCCAUUGUAGAUCCGCUAAAGCUAUGUGGGACACAUUGCAAGUUGCCCACGAGGGAACGGAUGAUGUCAAACUAGCUAGAAUCAAUACGCUAACUCAAGAAUUCGAACUCUUCCACAUGGAAGAUGGUGAAUCCAUCAAAAACAUGCAGAAGAGAUUCGUUCACUUGAAAAAUCGUUUAAAUUCUCUUGAUAGACCUGUUUCCAAUGCAGUUGCUACUAACAAAAUCUUAAGAUGUUUGAACAGGGAAUGGCAACCCAAGGUUACAGCAAUAAAGGAAGCAAAUGAUCUAAACACCUUAGACAUCACCACUCUCUUUGGUAAACUAGAAGAACAUGAACAACAUCUUAAAUGCCUUGACAUGCAUGAGAAAAGGGCAAAGAAAGAGAAGAACAUGGAGAAAGAGGUAGAGAAGAAGUCAAUAGCUCUAAAAGCUUCAAGCUCCAAGACCUUAAGACAAGAGCUAGAGGAUAGUGAUACAAGUGAUGACGAAGACUCCGAUGAUGAGGAAAUGGAACUGUUUGUGCGAAGAUACCACAAAUACCUAAAGAAAAAUGGAGCAAAACAUUCUGACAAAGGGUUGAUCAACUAUAGAAAGCAAUCAAACAAGUUCAAACAAGAUGACAAUAACAAAGGAAAAAUCAAAGGUCCUUGCUUCAAUUGUGGCAAAGUCGGUCACUACAAACCGAAUUGUCCAUACCUUGAGAAGGAGAAAGAGAAGAACCAAAGCAAAGGUCACAACAAAUCUAGAAGAGCCUACAUAGCAUGGGAAAGUGAUUCAUCUAGUGAAGUCUCAUCAAGCGAUGAAGAAGAAUUGACAAACUUAUGUCUUACGGCUCAUCAACACAAGAAAAAGAAACGUGUAAGUCAUCUUAAACCUGAACUCGUAGAUAAGGUAUCUCAUUCUCAACUAAAACUUGCUUUUGAAGAAUUGCAUAGAGAUGCAAUUGAAGCUUUCAAACUUUUGGUCUCAAAUAAGAAAAUCUUUUCAUAUCUUGAAUCAAAAGUUGAGAAAACCGAAAAGGAUAUGGAAGCUUUAAAACAAUCUAUGCUAGACAUUCAAAAGGAUAAAGUUGAAAUAGAUCCUACAUCAUGGUUUGGUUGUGAGACAUGUCACAUUUGGCAAAAAGAAGUAAGAGAUCUAAAAGCCAAGUUAGACAAGGCUCUACAACCAAAAGUGACUUUUGCGGUUGAUCCAAAUAAGUUCAAAAGAUCGUAUACUCCUUUAUAUAGUAAAUACACUUUUGUACCAAAAGUAUCAACUAGCAAAACAGCAUAUUCUCAUCAUAUUACCUGUCAUUAUUGUUGCAAAAAGGGUCAUACCAUUGAAAAAUGCAAAUUUAGGAGGAUUUUAGUUCCUAAAGGAGUAUUUCAAUGGUUGCCUAAGUGCAACAAUUUAUGUACUCACCACCUAGGACCCAAUGAAGAUUGGGGACCUUCCACUCUAAAUUAAUUUUGCAGGAAAAGUGUCUUGACAUUGCCGAAAGGUUGUGGUUCCUUGAUAGCGGAUGUUCAAGAUACAUGACGGGAGGCAUAUCACUCUUUGUUGAGUUCCACGCAAAGAAAAAGGGGUAUGUCACCUAUGGAGACAACAAUCGGGGAGCUAUACUUGGUAAAGGAAGUAUAGGUAACCCGUCUACCACAACUAUAACUGAUGUGUUACUAGUAGAAGGUCUUAAACAUAAUCUCCUAAGUAUUAGUCAAUUGUGCGACAAAGACUUCAAAGUAACUUUUACAAAUUCUGGCUGCACAAUAGAACAUAUUAAGAAAAGAGAUAUUAUGUUUAAUGGCACAUGAGUAAACCACAUUUAUAUGCUAAAACUUGGACGAAGGCAU